AUGACCUUGGCGGUGCGCAGGGCAUAUGGCGCCAGAAUACGCGUAAAGCAGCAGCUCAAAAGCGUGUCAUACGCGACAUUGCACGCCGCAAGCGGAGAAGCCGGAAGCCCGCUUGACGCCUCACAGGGAACAACUAGCGCUACGCGCAGGCCUCGAAAGGAGCGCAAACGGGUUUCUGAACUUCCCAAAACAUAUACCCUUCCCGAUGGGACAAUAGCGAAGCCGCUACCCAAAUGGGGAAGUGGUAUUGGAGAAGAAGACGCAGCGGAAGCGGAUUUCGCCGCAGUGCAGCACCAGGUCGCUACGGGCAAUGCUGAGCUCCACAACCCCCUUGUCGUGAAAGAAGAUCCAUUGAGUGCAGUCGGUGGGACAGCCCUUGAAACGGACCCGAAGCCGAAGCGCGGAAGACCUCGAAAGCAGGCCGAAUCUACUAUACCAGUCUUGGAGGUUGCAGAACACUCAGUUGUGCGAAGGCGCCGCCGCAAAGCAGACGUAUUGACUGAUGCUGCCGAAAACGUUGCGUCGAAUUUGGUCGACUUAGAUGCACAGUCAUUGGCUGAAUCGUCAGUCGAAGAACUGGCGCCUCUACCUGAAGAGCAAACUACGCUGGCCAAGGAAAUCCUUGACAACCUUGCAAGGUUCCCCAACUGUCUUUUGCUCACGCGAGUAGGGCAGUUCUACGAGUCCUACUUCUCCCAAGCAGCGGAGAUCGCCUCCCUUCUCAACAUCAAGCUGACCACUCGUAAAUGGGGCGGCAAGCGCGUGCCCAUGUGUGGCUUUCCCCUCGCCCACUUGGACAAGUACUUGAGGGUGCUUGUGGGGGAGAACAGGCGGCUGGUCGCGAUGUGCGAGGAGUUCCCUGUAAGCAGCAGCACGGAUACGUCGAAUGGUGCGCUCAAGGAAGGCAAGAUCUCCCGCGGCCUUCCUACUCGUACUUUCGAGCGCCGCGUCACGCGAGUCAUAACUCCUGGCACCCUCAUCGACGAGCCGUUCCUCAACCAGUACGAGAACAACUAUCUGCUUGCUAUCUCGGCGGAGGGAGCCCAAGCUGCUACCACCGACAAUAUUGAAGCCCCUCAGCUCGGCCUCGCCUGGAUCGACGUCUCGACAGGCGAAUUCUUCUCGAAAGUUUCAUCGGUUGACACGCUACGCGACGAGCUCGCCCGUAUCGGACCAAAGGAGGUCGUGCUUGACAAGAGCAUGAAGCAACAAGAGGCAGCAAACGACGAGGGAAAGGAAGAAAAGCAUCCAGUUCUCGCUGCGCUCAUGGAAGAGCAAUACUUCGUGUCAUACCAGACUCAUGAAGGGGAUGAAGAUGCGAGGAUGACUACGUCCGCGAAAGACGAUGCGGCAACCCGCCUUACCGAACCGGACGACUUGCUCGCCGAAGCAGCACGUUCCCCGCCUCCUUCGUCCUUCGCCCCAAUGGAGACCAGUGCUAUCUCGCUGCUGACGGCCUACCUCCGCGCACAUCUACGCGAACACAUGCCCGUCCUGGGGCUACCUGUACGCGAAGGUGACGCGCUCGAGAGCUCGAUAGAACAUACCCAUACUGGUCGAGUCUCGCUGGCACCUCCGCCGCGAAUGCAUCUUGACGCGCAUACUCUGCGCGCACUCGAGAUCCGGGAGGGCAUGCGCGAGGGUGGUACGAAAGGGAGUCUAUUAAGUGUAGUGCGUCGCACGAAGACUACCGGUGGUACACGAUUGCUUGCGAGGUGGCUUGCUGCGCCUUCCCUGUCCCUCGCCGAGAUCACAUCCCGGCACUCCCUCGUUGCUUUCCUUCUUGCGCGCCCUCACCUGCGCGUCGACUUAUCCGCACUGCUUGUCUCCAUCCCCGAUGUCGGCCGUCUUUCCCAAAAGCUCAUGCUUGGCAAGGGCGACGCCAGCGACGUGCGUGCCGUGGGCAGAGCCAUCCGGGCCUGGAACAGGUUAAGGAACAUGAUUACCCUGGAGCGGGCGUUCGAGGGUUAUGAGAGGCAGUCGAAGAACCCGAAGGCACCGAGUGUCAACGACGAGGAAUGGCAGAGCAUGGACGCCCUUUUGUCUCGCAUGGACGGGCUGGAGGAUCUCGAGGCACGGAUCGCUAGUGCGCUGGAAGGCGGCGAAGUAGACGAGGCAGCGGAAGUGGGGCAGGAGGUCGAGGGCUCUGGAGUUGAAGGGGCUGCGAGUGAAGUGCAGAACGGGCCUUCAGGCGUCGACGAAGAUCCAGCUCGACGUCUGAACUGGCGCCCUCAUGCGCCACAGCGAUGGAUGGUCAAGCCUGAAUUCUCUCCUGCCCUGACGCAGUUUGCACGACAAGUUGAGCGACCUGCUCAGCGACGAGAGAAGAUGGAGGCCGAGCUGCUGAUGCGGUAUUUUGCCCCAUCCCUUACCCUACGCUCUUCACCUGCACUCGGGAUGCACGUGCAUAUUGCCCGACGCAAGCGUGACUGCCGUCUACUGGACGCGAAUCCGGAGUUCGUCAAGGUGUCCGAGAGCGGGAGUACGAAGGGGUAUUUUUGGAGGCCCUGGACACAGCUAGGUAGCGAGAUCGUUGAGACGACGCUGGCUUUGCAGGUUGCAGAGCGCGAGGCUUUCGAUAUACUGAGACGCGAGAUCAAUGCUCAUGCACCCGCUCUUCGACGCAAUGCACGUGUUCUUGACGAACUCGACGUCACUCUCGGCUUUGCAGCACUUGCGGCGGAGCAUGGCUAUGUGAGGCCUGUGAUGCGCGAUGACACUACCUAUCACGUUACCGACGGUCGUCACCCGACUGUAGAGAUGGGCCUCCUGUCCGCUGGGCGCACUUUCACUCCGAACACGGUCUGCUUGAGCGGGACAGACGAGCGGCACAAUGGUCAGGGAAACCUCGACGAGCAACAAGCUAUCUCGCACACCCCAACCUGCUGUCCAACGCCAACUGCGCACCUUCAUAUCCUCACUGGUCCCAACAUGGCGGGCAAGUCGACGGUGUUGCGGCAAACGGCUCUGAUCGCUAUCUUGGCGCAGGCAGGGAGCUUCGUGCCUGCAACCGCUGCUCAUCUAGGUCUCAUAGAUGCCGUCUUUGCUCGCGUCGGCGCGCGGGACGACCUUGCGCGUGAUCGAAGCACCUUCAUGGUCGAGAUGCUCGAGACGGGCGCAGUGCUGAGGAGGGCGACAAGCAGGAGCCUGGUCAUCAUGGAUGAAAUUGGGCGCGGGACUGCCUUCCGCGACGGUCUCGCUAUCGCGUUUGCCACAGUCGUACACCUGUUGAGGGUCAAUCGCUGUAGAGCGUUGUUCGCUACGCACUUCACGGAGGUGGCGGAUCUGGUAGGUUGGGAAGCGGAGCGUCGCACCCACGCGAGGGCGAUGGACGCGGAUAGCGACUGCGACAACGAAGCAGACGAUCGCGAUGUGAAUCCCUUCAAGGAUGUAGCAUUCUUUUGCACAGACGUGUACGACGCAGAUUCUAGUCACAUUGCAUACGCAUAUCGCCUCCGUCGUGGCGUCAACCGGAGGAGUCACGCUUUGCGAGUCGCUGCUUUAGCGGGAGUGCCACAAGCAGCUCUGUCCGUCGCGCAGAAUACGCUAGGGUGGCUCGACAGUCAGAACGACAGGGUACUGCCGCCGGAUCAGCUACGGGAACUCGGCAGGCGCAUAGUCCAGCAAGCAGAGAUUGCAGGGCCGUGA